GUCGGGACAGAAGGACGUCCGUGUUGCCAACGCGCAGGAGGCAGCUCUUAUCCGGCAGUGCAUGGCGUUGGCUUGUCAAUGUCAAGGAUCUGGCUGAUUCCCAGGGCCUAAAUCUCGCCGGAUAGAGCCUCUUUAACCAAAAACAUGAGUGCGCUUGCCGCGUUGCGGGCCGAGGGGCCAUUUCCGCCCGACAUCUUGCUGGAAAUUAAAAAUAGCCCGGGGAACAACCAGUGCUGUGAUUGCGGCUCCUUUGACACGGAAUGGGCGAGCGUCACGUACGGCAUCCUCAUCUGCUUGCGCUGCUCCGGAUUCCACCGUUCCCUGGGCGUGAGCGUAAGCUUUGUCCGCUCCCUGUCUCUGGACUCCUGGACCCCAAAGCAAGUCUUCGCCAUGCGCCUGGGCUCGAACUUCCAGAUGCAAGAGUUUUUUCGUCGGCAACGGAUCUCCAACACGGACAUCCGCGUCCGGUACCAGUCCAAAGCGGCGGGGGUGUAUCGAAGCACCCUGGCCGAGGCUGUGGAGAAGGGCUGGGAGUCCGACUGGGAGCAACGCCGGGCGCCCGGCUCGCCGCACCCGGCUGGCGUCGGCGACGCUGGCCUCCCCCCCUCGCCGGCACUCCGCCUCUGCCCUGGGAGCGGGGGCUAA